CACCAUCUACCGCCUCCAAGUCCUACAAGAACCCAUUCAAUUCUCACACCGCCUCACUCUUCUAAAGACAAAACUCUUCACAAAACACACCCACUUGUUCCUUUUUUAUUUUUUUUCUUCUUCUUCUUUCUUCUUUCUCUUCUAUAAUUCAUUUUCACAAAAAUACACUCACCCGACUUUUUCACAUCCAAUCCUAAAGACACAAACAGUGUCCAAUCAGUGUCUACAAACUGGCGUUCGAGAACCAAGAUACCACUGUCCGAGAAAUCAAGCCCAAAAACAGGAGAAUCAUGGGUGCUGGAGGUCCUGAUGAUGAGGAUAGUAGGUGGCCGCCAUGGUUGAAGCCUCUGCUCAAAGAGAGCUUCUUCGUUCAAUGCAAGUUGCACGCUGAUUCACACAAGAGCGAGUGUAAUAUGUAUUGUUUGGAUUGUAUGAAUGGUGCUCUAUGCUCUCUCUGUCUCGCUUACCACAAAGAUCACCGUGCUAUCCAGAUAAGGAGGUCCUCAUACCAUGAUGUGAUUAGGGUCAAUGAGAUUCAGAAGGUGUUGGACAUCACAGGGGUCCAAACCUACAUUAUCAACAGUGCAAGGGUUGUGUUCUUGAAUGAGAGGCCUCAGCCAAGGCCUGGGAAAGGAGUCACCAACACUUGUGAAGUCUGUGAACGUAGCCUUCUUGAUUCCUACCGAUUCUGUUCUCUGGGGUGCAAGAUUGUUGGAACUUCAAGGAAUUUUCAGAAGAAGUCAGCGGCAAUGUCAUCAGACUCUGAGAAUUCAUACAGCAGCAGUAGCAGCCAUGGCAGACUGAAGAAUAACAAAUUGCAGAGCUUCACUCCUUCAACACCACCCCCAACUUCAGUUAAUUACAGAACAGCCAAGAGAAGAAAGGGAAUACCACACCGUGCCCCAAUGGGAGGGCUAGUCAUAGAGUACUAGACAGUUAUUAGUUUUAGGUUAUGGCUAUAAUGGCCUCACAUAUAUUUGCAAAAAAAAAAAAAAAAAAAAUGCAAGUUUCUCCAUGUCGUUCACCAGUUCCAAUACCCGAGCUUUAUACUGAAAAAGGCCGGUGCUGGGAUUGUUCCCUUCUCUGUUCCCUAGUGGUUAAUAGCGUUUGUGUAUAUAGGAAAAAUCAAAAUAGAAGUGGUAAAGGUUGAGAAAGUAGAAAAUAAGACGUGUGAAAUAGUUUGAGAAAAAAAGAAUGGUGUAGCAAAAUAAGCAAGUUCCUUUCAAACAAAGUUAAAGAUGAUGAGGAACAAUAUAUGUUUGGUUUAUCUAUAGAGUAAUUCUACUUUAGUUUUGGGGUUAGGGUGUAAAUAGUGACAAUGUACUCUUUACAAGUGGACUGCCUAAUUAUGGAAUGGUGAAUUAAUAAUAGAUUUUAUUAAGUCUUGUAUCUUAACCCUGUGCAAC